CGUUGGACGGGAAGGAUCACGCGCAAAAGCUCUUGAUUUUCAUCUCGCAGAUUUAUCGUAAUUUCUUUUUGUCGUCAGAAAAAUAUAAAAUCCCCUCGAGAACAGUACUUAAGACAUAUCCUCUAUUCAUUAAGUGCAGUGUCAGUGGAAAAAUUAAAUCUAUAUCUCUUGAGUGAGAAAAAUGAAAAAUCCCUGAAAUGUGAGCAUGAAGUAAAUUCAAUUACACUUGAGUGAGAGUUUCUGAUGAUAAAAAAAAGAGUGAAUAAAAUUUAACUUCAAAGUUCUUUUUCCUUUCGUUGAGAGUAUCAGUGUUUAAGAGAUUAUAAUCAUUUUAGACCGAAAAAGGGGUGCAAAAAAAAAAGAUAAACACUCAACCAUGAAUUUUGAAAGUCAGUGUAACUGAAAGUGGAAAAAGUUCAGAGAGUGUGAGGGAAAAGUUGUGAAAAAGUUAGUGUUCAGAAGGCAAAAAAGCACACGAUGGAUUACAUCAAGGAAUUGGAUAUUCGUCUAGACAAAGAAUACUACUAUGCUGGAGAAAUUCUUGUGGGACGAGUAAUUCUGGAUACUUCAGAGAAUUUCAAAUUGAAAUCUAUUCGGUUGGUGCUUCGGGGUAAGGCUCAUGCAGAGUGGAAGGUAUUUGUGUCUGGUGACAAGAGGACUGUCAAGGAUGAUCAGUACUACAUUGACGAGAGGGCAGUCAUUUGGGGCCAGAAGUCCAAUGAUGGGGAUCACGAAGCUGUUCCCAUCCUCCAGCGUGGUCAUCAUGAAUUUCCCUUUCGUUUUGGCAUCCCCGAGACCAAUCUACCAUGCAGCUUUGAGUCCAGAGCCUGCCAGAUUCGAUACUACAUCAAGGUGACUCUGGACAUUCCUUACGCUUCUCCUCCUCAAGGCAUCAAAUACUUCACCAUCAUUGGACCUCAUAUUGACUGCAUGGAGGAGCAGUACCUGAAGCCACUCAGUGGGCAAGACAAAAAGGUGAAGUGCUGUUUGUGCUGCGCCAAGGGACCCGUUACGCUCAGCUGUUCUCUGGACCGAAGCGCUUAUUGCUGUGGAGAGACGCUCAAACUAAAGGCCGUGAUAGACAAUCAAGGGGAGGAUACUACAAGGCUAAAGGUCCGGCUUCUACAGCUGUGUGAGUUUUUCGUUGAAAGAGGUGUUCUGGGGGUCACGAAGGAGGUGCAGCAUCUGGUGCUGGAGUAUAAGGGUGAAUCCAUAAAUCCCACGGAAAAGUCAGACACGGUUACUAAUCUUCGGAUUCCCACUCUGCCCACUACCAUGAUUAAUGUUUGUCGUCUUGUGCAAAUCUACUAUCAAUUGGUGGUCUGCUUGGAAUUCGACAAGACUGGUGACGAUUUGCAAAUAAUAUUUCCAAUAACAAUCGCAACAGUUCCCUUUAGAAUACCAAAUAGCAAUCUACAGCCAAUUCUCGGAUAUGAUUUGGCCUGUGAUCACGUUGAGGGUGGCAUCUAUAUAGGGCCGGAAUUUUUAUUAGGCGAAGUUUAUGACGGUUUUACGAGCAAUGAAAAUGAACCACGUGAGAUAUCACCCCUCUAUCGUCCAGUGUACAUCACUGUGAUUAAAAGUUCACAGCAAAUGGCGUCAAAUUCUGCUGAUAAGAGAUUCAACAAGAAUUAAUUUAACUGAGGGGAUACACAUUGUUGAAACACUUUCACACACGCAAUAAGGAUUUGGGAUCCUCCUUGGGACCUAUUCUGACCAUUGAGACACUUUACGUUUACUCUCUGCUCUGAAUACAAAAUUCCGUUAGCACUGUGCAACAAUUUAUUUAUUUUUUUACUUCACUUUAUUUGCUCUUUCGCCCCUUGCGCCUUUAAUCUAGGCAAAUUCAUGUUUAUUAUUUUUUCUAUAUAAAUGGUCAUAGUUAUGAUUCUGCAUUUAAAAAAAAUAAACAUCUUUUAGGAUUCUAAAAAUUUGUAUGUGCAAAUAUACAAAUAUGUAUUAUUAUAUUAUUUUAUUCAUUUUAAGGUGAAAAUAAAGAACAAUAUUUCGUUUAACUGGAGAGUAAAAAAAACUAAUACAAAUCCCGGGUAACAUGAGGUAAACUAUUGCUCCAAUUAUCUUAUUUUGAUACAUUUGGUAAAUAGUGAGUUAACAAUUUAAAAUUAAGGCAUUGCUUUGAAUUAAGUACUUAUUAAGUACUUAAUUAAGUACUUAACUAGUUAACCCGGAUAGUAAGAAAGACAAUACUGGUAAUUCUUGAUAGGUAAUAAUUUAAAUGUUUACACGUUUAUAGAAAGGGGUCAAAUUUAUAAAAUUAGC